AUGGCGGCCAUCGCUGGUUUACCCCUGCUGGGUCUGCUGCUGCUGCUGUCCCUAGUGCCUUCUCUUGCCCGCGGGUAUGGAAAUGGGGGAGGGUGGUCCAACGCGCACGCCACCUUCUAUGGCGGCGGCGACGCCUCCGGCACAAUGGGUAUGCCUUAAACGCCUCCUUUUUCUCAUCUUCUUCUCUGCGCCCCUCUGGAUCUCUCAUUUUGUCCAUUGCAGGGGGAGCUUGCGGGUAUGGAAAUCUGUACAGCCAGGGGUACGGGACGGAGACGGCGGCGCUGAGCACGGCGCUGUUCAACAACGGGCUGAGCUGCGGUGCCUGCUAUGAGAUCCGCUGCGUCAACGACCGGCGGUGGUGCCUUCCGGGCUCCAUUGUCGUCACCGCCACCAACUUCUGUCCCCCCAACUCCGCCCUCCCCAACAACGCCGGCGGCUGGUGCAACCCCCCUCAAGAACACUUCGACCUCUCCCAGCCCGUCUUCCAGCACAUUGCCCAGUACCGCGCCGGCAUCGUUCCCAUCUCCUACCGGCGGUAGCCUUCCCCCCCCCCUCGGAUCCUUUCCUCCGCCGCCGUCUUCUCUAGCGACCUUACCUCUUGUGCUAUUGUUGCAGAGUCGCUUGCCGGAAAAGGGGAGGGAUCAGGUUCACCAUCAACGGCCACUCCUACUUCAACCUGGUUCUCAUCACCAACGUCGGCGGCGCCGGCGACGUCCACGCCGUCUCCAUUAAAGGCUCGAGGGGCGGCUGGCAGGCGAUGACCAGGAACUGGGGGCAGAACUGGCAGAGCAACAGCUUCCUCAAUGGCCAGUCCCUCUCCUUCAAAGUCACCACCAGCGAUGGUCGCACGCUCGUCUCCUACAACGCCGCCCCCGCCGGCUGGUCUUUUGGUCAAACAUAUUCCGGCGCCCAGUUCCGCUGA